AUGGGACUUACGAUUGAGGAUUGUAAUGAGCCGUUUAUUGAUUCAUUGAGGGAGUAUGAUGAUGGCAAGGAUCUUUCUAGGUAUGACUUCAAGCUAGACGAGUUUACUUCUCCUAAUGAUGAUUUGAACAAGAUGAUUGCUUCUUUUACGAUUUAUGAUGUGACGAGAAAAGAGACAUUUACAAAAUUAGUAGAUGUGUGGAGUAAGGAGAUUGAGCUUUAUUCCACUAAUCAAGAUUGCGUUACGAUGCUUGUUGGGAGCAAAGUCGAUAGAGAAUCUCAGAGAGGAGUUAGCAGAGAAGAAGGGAUUGCGCUAGUGAAAGAGCUCAAGUGUAUGUUUCUUGAGUGUAGUGCUAGAACUCAGAAACACGUAGAGCAGUGUUUCGAGGAUCUGGCUUUGAAGGUAAAGAUCCAUGGUUUGUUUAUUCUCUGGUUGGCUUUGAAUUAUCUUAGGUGA